AUCUCGAAUGGUUAGUUAGUAGGCAUUGUAAGUUAGUAGGCAGCUUGACAGGGAAGACCAAAGCUCGAAACCUUGCGUUGCCCCGCGAAAUCCGUGCCAACUCCGCCAAGAUGGUGAACACCGGCGGCAUGUUGAAGUGGUGGGAGCCUCGAUUCAGACACGAUCCACACGGCCGCGUCAGCGGGAGCGUGACAACUACUACUACAAACUACAAGCACGGCAGGAAAUUCUUGCGCUUCAACGUGGUCUGUGAAAGGACGUUGAGCACAAGUCGCAGAUGGCACGUGCGCUCCGCUGCACUUCAGGCUGCGCGGAAUAGCUGCUCGCGGUGAAGCUGCUGCAGCCGAUGAGAUGAAGCGCGAGAUCCGUUCUCACUAUUGCAUUGGCGUCGCGGAGAUCAAGUCAACGCCCCGAUCAUGAGCAGCGGUGAAUCCUUCCGUUGUAGAGAGCUCCAGUGCCACCAAAGCGUCAACGCCGUCAACGACCGAUCCAGCUACGUCGCCCGUCAACUGACCGAGCUUGACGUCCUCAGUGCCGUCGGAUCGGUUGUGAAUGCUGCUCAAGGCUGCGGGGUUGCUCGGUUCACGCAGUGUGAAGCCACGCGGACGACUUGGUUAUCUUCGAUUGAGCGAGCGCUGUUGGAGCGGCAUCUGUCGCGCGUGCUGCGGUUCUCUCCGUCGCUGGAAGACACUUGCAGGCACGUUUGCAGCGAUGCGCCGAGCGUCGUUGGCGAAGGGCUGGAUGACUGCAACGCACUGGCCCAUUACGCUGUCUUCGCAUUGAUCGAUCAAGGACUGCAUGACGAUAAAAUUGAGAUGAAACCCGAACGGCUAGCGAGGAUGUUGUACUGCGCCAGACAGAAGGCACUGCCGAUGCUGGUGGCGUGGCUACUUGCUGAAGACUGCGCGUCGUUCCAACAGCUGAUGCUGAACUACGGCAGCCAACUCAAGAUACUUGAAGCGCUUCGACUGUCGGUGCGUCAAGAGCUAGCAGCAACACGCGUGUUCAUCACAAAGUUCUUGGGUAAAUUGGCCAAGAAUUACGGGUCGGACGGCGGUGUUCUCAUGGCCACGCAUACCCCCGAGACUUUUAUUCGCGACGGAGGGGGUACAACCUUCGGCGGGGGUGAAGCCAUGCAAUGCUUCAAGGACGAACUGGAGGAGCUUCGUGUUUCGUACGUGAAGUCACAAGGUUGUGCCAGCAGCCCGAGGUCAGCCAUUCAAAACAUCUUGGACCCGUCACUGAGAUGCCGGGUCUACAAAGAUGGCGACGAGCAGAAGUAUCAGUGGCUGCCGACUGAAUUCCACGUUGGACGAGAUGGAGUCGUAUCAAUUCUCUCUCCGCUGCAUGGGUCGAUCCACCCGCACCAAUUCCCUGGGUUGUGUGCGGUUAUCCCGAAGAUCCUCGGUCGCCUGUUGCCUCUUUUCGAGCGCGUCCUGGGUAGCAUUGCAACGCACGAUCCGCCAUCGCCCUAUCAAGCUGGUCUCGGCUCUUCUCGCCAGCUUCAGUAUCGCACGGCAAGCAACAACGAAAGCCUCACUGGGUUCAGUCUCCGUGACCGAAAGCUCCAAGUGGUCGUGAAGCUCUCGACUAUCAAUCUUGACCAAGACAACCCAGCAUUUGCUGGCGAGCAAGACCACGAUGAUAACCUCAACCGAGGUUGGCAACUCGAUGGAGACGACCAUGAGAACAUUGUGAGUGUGGGCUACCACGUGCUGCAGUCGCGAAACAUUACGCCGCCUAGACUCGCCUUUCGAGCAUUCGCCCACUCUCCAGAAGAAUCAGACUUGACGUCGCAAGAAGACCCUUUCGUUGCAUUUGGAGAGAGGACAUCAGCCUUCUACCGUGGGAGGUAUGGACGACAAUUCCUACAGCCGUGGGGGUCGCUGGUGCUGCACGAAGGCCGCUCUAUCGUGGCCCCCAGCUUUCUCGCCCACCGCUUCGAACCUUUCGAGCUGUUGGAUGCCACGAACCCCGAGGGUGGAGAGCUCACACUGGCCACCUUCUACCUCCCCGACCCCACCAGAGAGCCAAUUGUCUCCACUCGCACGGUUCGUCCCGAGCAGUGGCAGCAGACUCGGCGAUUUGUCCAAGCGAACGUCGAUAUGCUGCGCUGCAGCUCAGUUCACCCUUUCCUACCCGAUGAAGUCUCGACCCUAAUUGCAGACUUUGCGGCCUCCCACAUCUCGGAAGCUCAGGCUCAACUCACCCGUCAGCUCCUACUGAUGCAACGGCGAAAGCUGCAAGAGCUCCGCUUCAUGACGCCGUCCCUACGACUAGAGGAGAUGAUGCUGCAUCUUGAUGAAUGA